AUGCCGGCGCCCCUCGAGCGGUGCGCAGAGCACCUCGGCGGCGCGGCGGGCGCGUGCCUGGAGGUUGUCGGGGGCGCCGGCUCGCUGCUGCGCGGUCUGGCCCGCGGGCCCUCGGCGCUGCUGGCCGCGGCGGUGUCGCGGGACGCCAGCGCUGCGGGCCUGUGGCGGUGCUUGCUGUACACCCCCGCCGCGGUGGCCUCGGUGCUCAUCCCAGAGGAGGAGAAAUCGCCCGGGCAUGCCCAUCGCGCGCUGGAGGUAUCGCAGGAAACGUUUUUCGUCACGCUCAAAGCAUGCGACAAGAGCGCCUACGAGCACGUCAAGGGAAUGAAGGUCGUCCGCAGCCUUCGCCAGCGCGCGCUUUCCUUGUUUGGUUGGGGCGUGGGGGUCACUAUCCUCUUGGGACUACUGGUGGUGGCGGGCUUCGCAGUCGCGCCAAUGGCGGCGCCCGCGGUCACCGCUGGCGCCACGGCCGUGCUGGCGCUCUCGCCUCACUUACUCCUGUGGUUGCUGGCGGGAUGUUUGCCGGUCGCGGCGCUGGCAGGGGGCAGCGCCUACGUGUAUACGUUGUUCGAGCCCGUCAUCACGAUCUGGAGGUUCGACCCACUUGUGGCCCUGGCGGUCCUCGCUACCGUUGCUGGGAGCUCCCUGCGCAUGGUGGAGGUCGGAUGGGCUCUGAGGACUGGCACGGCGUACUACUACUCCAGCGUGAUGCUUACCCAAGAGUUCCUGGCCCCGUACAGCCAGCGCCUGGAGACGGGCCAAUGGCGGAGCUUCUGCCGGAGGCACGCCUGGCGCGUCGCAGGAUUCGGGCUGCCGGUGACACUGCUGGUGCAGAAGCAGCCACUCGCGGCCGUGGCUCUGCUUCAGAUCGUCCACGCCGCCUCCGCCGUCCUGCUCGCGGACAUGCUCGGUGCCGAUGGCCACACGCAUCCCGAGCGCGGCGCGUUGCUCGCCAGGGCCAGCGACGCCAGGGCAGCCGCGGCGCUCUGCCGCGUCGCGCUGGAGUGCCAGCAGCUGGCCAGAGGCGGCGGCCACGCUGGCGAGUGUGCUGCCCCGGCAGGCCAGCCGGCGGUGGGCCCCGUGGGCGCGGCGCCAGACCGGCCCGGCAGCGGCGAGGACCAGGACCUGGUGCGCAACGCCGUGCUCGCGGUGGACGAGAAGGUGUUACCUGCGAUCGUGUACGUGCGCCAGGAGCUCAACGACGUGCUGCUCCGGCUGCUCAAAGGCAACGAGCGGCAGCUGGGGCCCGGGCGCGAGCUGAAGGCGCUGUACUGCUCCCUGCUGACCGCCUGGCACUCCGAGGCGGGGCUGCAGCAGGCCCUGUCUGCGGUCCACGACCACGUGAUCGCUGUAGCAGCCGCGGCCUAA